CUCGAACGGAAGAUACAUCUUCUGUCAUUUGCGUCACUGAGUUUUGCACGCGUCGGGCAUGAUCUGCCUUACUCAGAGGUCGCGUCGAUACUGCAUAUUGAACUGACUGAAGUGGGCGAUCGAUGGUAUGUCCUAUUGACAUCCUUGAUUCAUACCAGUUUUCUUUGGGGGAAGCUCUCGCAGACUACUCAAUCUCUACACGUUUGCCAUUCGUCAGCGCGCACGUUUGAGCGAGAGCAAUGGGAGGCG